GGAGAAGGAACUCAGACUUAAUUCACAACUCUUUGCUGUGACUGUAACAAUGCUUCUGUUGGACUAUGAGAAUGUUCUUAUCCGGUCACUCCUGACGGAGCGGUUCUCUGGAGCCCCGCCGGUGUCCAUCGACCAGAUCGUCUCGGAUUUCGACGGUGUCACAUUCCAUUUAUCGACCCCGGAGGUCAAAACAAAGAUUCUCAUCUCCCUCAAUGUGAAAUGUUUCCGAGAACUGGUGCAGUAUGGUGCCCAACAGGUUCUGGAAAGGGAAUACGGCCCCUACAUUGUCGCCCCCGAGCCAGGCUACGACUUUUCCGUCUUGAUCGACUUGGAGAACCUUCCCGAUGACCAAACAGCGCGAGAGGACCUCAUCACACGACUAGCUUUGCUGAAGCGCAACGCAAUGGCCGCUCCGUUCGAGAAGGCGUUCGAUGAGUUCGCGCAGCUGGCGGAGGAAGCUUCAAAGUACACUUCGGAGGCUGCGCCAGCGGGUGUUGCGGAGGGAGGCGAAGUCAUGGCGAUUCAUUAUCGGGAAGAAGAGGCAAUUUAUAUCAAGGCUAGUCAUGAUCGAGUGACUGUGAUCUUCAGCACGGUCUUCAGGGAGGAGACAGACCGUAUUUUCGGCAAGGUCUUCCUACAAGAGUUCGUCGAUGCCCGACGACGUGUAGCGACCUUGCAAAAUGCGCCUCAAGUCCUUUUCCGCAACGACCCUCCGCUCGAACUGGCUGGCGUUCCUGGUCUACAGGACGCUGGUGACGGCAAGAUCAGUUACAUCACAUUUGUUCUCUUCCCUCGUCAUUUAACACCGCAGCGACGUCAAGAAAAUAUCUCACACAUCCAGACCUUCCGCGACUAUUUCCACUACCACAUCAAAGCAUCUAAGGCAUACAUCCACACUCGAAUGCGCAAGCGAACUGCCGACUUUCUCCAGGUCCUCAACCGAGCAAGACCUGAGAACGAGGAGCGAGAAAGGAAGACGGCGAGCGGACGCACUUUCCGAGUUCAGGGAUAGGAAUAUACUGGAGACAUUGCCUGUGUUCAAAUGUACAUUGCAGCCUGAAGCACAGAAACGGGGUACUGUGACAAUCUAAUAGACGAUGGGCUAUUUCAAAGAUUGCAAGCUGCAAUAAUAUUGCGGUUCUAUUC